AUUAAAAAUUCAUUUCUUUCUUUUCGUUUCUUUUUAAUUUUAGAAUGUGGACAAUAUGGUUAACUUAGACACAAGUGUAGGUGAAGGAUCCGGGAUUUAAGAUGAAAUUGUUAAAGUUUGUUAAGAAGUAAAUAUUCAGCUUACUUAAUUAGUUUAGUUAAUUACUUAAACCUCACUCUUUUGAAAAAGCUGUAUAAAUAAGGCUGCAGCAAACAAAGUUAGCUUCUUGUUCUUAUUGUUUGAUCUCUCCUGCAAUGGCUUUCUUCGUCGUAGUUGUGGCAUUUCUCUCUGCUUUUGUGAGGAACUCUGUUGCGGGUGGCGUCUACAAAGUUGGUGAUGAUAAUGGAUGGACUAUCUUGAACCAUGUCAACUACACUAAGUGGGCUUCUUCCAAAACUUUCAAGGUUGGAGAUCAAAUAGUAUUUAUAUACAACAAGCAAUUCCACAACGUACUCCAAGUGAGCAAAGAAGACUACCACUCUUGCAACCCGAACUCUCCCAUAGCAACCUACAAGUCAGGAAAUGACACCAUCCCGAUCAAGAGAAAGGGCCACUACUUCUUCAUCUGCGGCGCCCCCGGCCAUUGCGCCGCCGGCCAGAGCGUCGAUAUCCGCAUCCCAAAAUCCAGCGUCCAUGCUGCUUCUUCUAAUCCGGCAUCGCCCCCUUCGACUUUACCGUCGUCGGGAUCGCCUCCAGUGACAACUUCUGUUCCUGGACCGGCGCCGGAUAGCAGCAAACGGAGACUGUUUGGGCAAGGGAUUGUGGAUGGCGGUUGCUUCCGUUGCUGGUGUUGCUGCGGUGCAGAGUUUUAUGUCUGCAUAAGUUGGGGUGUCUUGUGGAAUAAAAUUUUGUUAUUUUGGUGAGACUGGAUCAUUGUAAGCCUUUUUUCGAACUUGGGUAUCUGUUUAGAAAAUUUUAAGUCUGGCGGCGUAUACAUAAUUAAGAAUUGAAUCUUUGUGUCCA